AUGCCAGGACGGUCCAGUACAAAUUCAGGUUCUACCCGGUACAUAUCCUUCAGUGGCGUAGAGUCAGCUCUCUCCUCCUUAAAAACCUUCCAGUCCUGUAUCAGCUCUGGGAUGGACACAGUUUCUAGUGUUGCCUUGGACCUUGUGGAGACCCAAACUGAAGUGAGUAGUGAGUACAGUAUGGACAAGGCCAUGGUUGAAUUUGCUAAAAUGGAUCGAGAACUAAACCAUUAUGUUAAGGCUGUCCAGUCUACAAUAAAUCAUGUAAAAGAAGAACGUCCAGAAAAAGUACCAGAUUUAAAAUUACUGGUGGAGAAGAAAUUUUUGGCUUUACAGGAUAAGAACUCUGACGCCGACUUUAAAGAGAAUGAAAAGUUCGUGCAGUUUAAGCAGCAGCUGCGGGAGCUGAAGAAGCAAUUAGUGAAACCCAGAGAAGAUGGAAGACACAAUGAAUUCGACCGGAAUAAGGAUUCCAGUAGAACAGGCAAUGAACGAGAUGGUAUUCAUGCAGACAGAGAGAAUGAUGGGAUAGAAGGAAUGGAUGAAGAUAUGAUUGUGACCCAGAGCCAAACCAAUUUCAUCUGCCCCAUAACACAGUUGGAAAUGAAGAAGCCAGUGAAAAAUAAAAUGUGUGGCCACACAUACGAAGAGGAAGCCAUUGUUCGCAUGAUCGAAUCCAAGCAUAAGAGGAAGAAGAAGGCUUGUUGCCCAAAAAUUGGCUGUAGCCACACAGACAUGAGAAUGUCAGAUCUCAUUCCGGAUGAAGCCCUGAGAAGGGCAAUCGAGAGCCACAACAAGAAGAAAAAGCGCCACUCCGAGUAGGAGCCAGCCCCCUGCCCACAGGGGUGUCCGCAGCCUACCUCCCCGCAGCCACCAGAGAGUGAGCGUACACAGCAAUAGGCCCAGCAAGCUCCGCAGUGACCCUCAAGGCUAACUGUAAUUGAAAGCAUUUUUAAGUUACACAAUAAAAACACAAGUUCAUUAUAGUCUUUAUUUUCAAGUGCUCUGAAAUUUUAAAUAAAACUUUGAUAAUCUUCAGCACGA